AUGGGUGGCUGUCGUAUAGACUCUCUGGUGUCGGGCAGCAGCACGCGUCCGUCUGUUGUAGACGAAGGAGCAGCACAUGAGUCAUCGGAUAGCGAGCAGCAGCAGCAGCAGCAGCAGCAGCAGCAGCAUUUGAGUAGCGAGGUGCUGCAUAUGGUAAGAGAAGAGCUGCAGCAGCGGAAGCUACAGAUUCAAGACUUCGUCUUCUACGGUACUGUGGGCACCGGCUCCUUUGGACGUGUUUGUAUCGUCGAUUUACAGCAGGCUGAGGAGUGGUAUCCGCCUAUGGCGUUAAAAAUAUUAAGCAAACAAAAAGUUAUUACUAUGAAACAAGUUGAACACGUCAAAGACGAACGCAGAAUACUCGCACAGCUCAGCCACCCUUUCAUCGUCAACCUACUCGCAUCGUUUCAAGACGAAAAGCGUUUGUUUCUGUUGAUGGAGUAUGUAAACGGCGGGGAGUUAUUUAGUUAUUUGCGUAAGCAGAUAUCAGUGCCAGUUGAGCAGGCUCGAUUAUAUGCAGCUGAGAUAACAUUAGCUUUUCAGUAUCUGCAUGAAAGGAGUAUAGUUUAUAGGGAUCUUAAGCCAGAGAACCUUUUAAUAGAUGCACAGGGCCAUAUUAAGAUUACAGACUUCGGCUUCGCGAAGGUUGUUGUCGGGAGAACGUGGACAUUGUGCGGUACUCAUGAAUACUUAGCCCCAGAGUCUAUAACAAGAAGAGGACAUGGUUUACAAGUAGACUGGUGGGCUCUAGGCAUUCUUCUCUUUGAGAUGUUAGCAGGGAGACCUCCUUUUGUUGAUGAUACACCUUUAGGUAUAUAUAAAAAAAUCAUCGCCGGUAAAAUCGAGUUUCCUGCACUCUUUGAUUGUUCUGCUAAGUCUCUUAUUAAAAGGCUGCUUAUUCAUGAGCCUAAUAAACGCUACGGCUGUCUUAAGGAUGGUGCUGAAGAUGUUAAAAACCACAAGUUCUUUAGAGGGAUUGACUGGGAGCUCUGUUAUCAAAGAAAGAUUAGACCCCCUUAUAAACCUAAUAUACAAGGACCCAGAGACAGCAGCAUGUUCGAUACUUACGCAGAAUCUACCGAGUCCUCAGCGCCUGUUAUUGACUCUGCUACUCAGCAGGCUCUCUUUCACAACUUCUGA